AUGAUGACCAGCACCAGCUUGCCACCAGCUGUUCCGACAAUCCUGGGCGGUGUCCAUGGGCAGGACAACGUGAUUCUGGGAAGCGUUGGCUGGGUCGCAGUGGCGCUUGGUGCUGUGCUAACCUGUCGGUUUGCAUUGCCUUGGACGCGACUGCUCCGAGACAAACGGGACCUGGAGCAUGGCAGGAUCAGCGACCUUGCCCCGGAUCGUGGUAAAGACGAUGGGUCCGGAUGGGACAUUCCAGCAGCAAGCCCUGCGAUGCAGCUGCGCAGCUUAGCGGCCGUACGGCAAGAGAGAUGCCCCUUCGGCGGUGGCGAGCAGAUUUGCGAAGGCUCGAAUACCGUAGUCGUACGGCAGGGCAUCACGCCAGCCUCGCAGUUGCGCAACUUUGUGCCCGGCAAUGUGCAUCCAGAGUGGAGAUCCCGUGAUAUCCCGGUCAACAUCUCUGAAGGCCGGAUGGAGACUCCCGCAAUGGUGCUGGAGGAUGCUGGUCACGCUCACCAAAGCCAGACCCCUGAGAUGCAAUCCAGACCUGCGAGAGUUGAUGACGAACCUCCUGGGGAGCCCGACAAUCGUUCCAGUCUCUCGGCCGAUGGCGAUGCAGACGGGGCCAGAUGGGCCAUUCCAGCAGCAAGCCCUGCAAUGCAGCUGCGCAGCUUAGCGGCCGUACGGCAAGAGAGAUGCCCCUUGGGCGGUGGCGAGCAGAUUUGCGAAAGCUCGAAUGCCGUAGUCGUACGGCAGGGCAUCACGCCAGCCUCGCAGUUGCGCAACUUUGUGCCCGGCAAUGUGUAUCCAGAGUGGAGAUCCCGUGAUAUCCCGGUCAACAUCUCUGAAGGCCGGAUGGAGACUCCCGCAAUGGUGCUGGAGGAUGCUGGUCACGCUCACCAAAGCCAGACCCCUGAGAUGCCAUGCGACCUUGAGGACUCCCUCACGCAGAGCCCCAAAUCAGUUGAAGCAUCAGCACCUGGUGUUAAUCCAGCUCUGCACAUUCGCGAGAUACGCUCGUGCCUGGCAGUGCGACAGCAGUUUCGGGCAGAGCUUGAAUCCCGGGUAGCUGAUUUCGUUCAAUCUGAAGAGCUGCUUGGUAGCAUAAUCAGGAACGAGAAGUCAGAAAGACAGCUCGAAGAGCGCUUGGCUGAGGCGAAGGAGGGAGGCAGUGAAAGCUCCCCCAAGCGAAAAGCUAAAGGCCCAUACAUGUUGUCUGUUGCCUUGAAGAACGUAAAUGGAGACCGGUAG